GCAGCUUUAUUUUGGCUGUCUGUAACAGGCCGUAGUUUUACAAGUUGGUUUUUGAGCAUUUUCAGCUGUGCCUUGGCUUACACUGCUACAAUUCUGAUAGAAGUGGUUGACUUCACUUGGAAUUUCAACAUUUCUCCAGAAUUAGGUGAUUAAAAUAUUAGAUGAGUCAACAUUGCUCAGUUGCUUCUUAAACUAAAGCCUAAUUUUGUUGAAUUUAAGCACAACUGCUUCUUGUUUUGGGCAAUUAUUCUAGGUUUUCUAAAGAGUAGUUUGCCUGGGAAUUGGAUUGGCUUAAGGGUGUUUUGAGUCUAGCCAUCAGAGUAACAGAUUCUCUUCUAACUUCUCCCAACAAAAUAUUUCUUCAGGAAAAAAAAAGUCUACCUCCCUCACAUUCCAAUUGAAAGAUAACUAUCUCAGACUUCAAAAGCUUCCUGAAGUCAUGGAAAGAAUUUUUUACCCUGGGGUAAAGACCUGUGCUUCCCCCCUUCUAACCAGGAAAAACCCAGUGUACUUUUUUUUUAAUCUCAAAAGAAUGUCAUAAAAGAUGGAAAGUUCCUGCACUACAUCUAUAAAAGCGUAGUCCACAGAAUAGUUGCCUUUGCAAAUCUUGCUGGAGCAAAGUCCAGGAAACAACAUGAGCAAGACAAUUGGGUAUUCUCUGAAGGCCAUUGGAGUUGACUUCCUCAGAAAGGAGAAUACUUUUCUCCAUCAUACCAAUAAAUAUAAGAAUGACAGCCUAAUUGUGCGACGUGGGCAAGAGUUUCAGUUGAAAGUGUCAUUUACCAGGGAUGUGAAAGACAGUGACAAAAUCUUCCUACAAUUCAGCACUGGUGAAAAACCAGUUAAAUCCAAUGGGACAUUAUUACACUUGAACACAAGAUCAGGGCAGAAUGAUCAAGGAUGGCAUGGCAAGAUCUGUCAAACAAGUGGGAAGGAGUGCCUCAUUGCUGUGACCAGUCCAGCAGAUGCAAUUGUUGGGAAAUAUGUUCUGGAUGUGAUAACAGAGUCUAACAUUUAUCACUCUGGAAAGAAUGAUCUCUAUGUAUUGUUCAAUCCUUGGUGUGAAGCGGAUUCUGUUUUCAUGCCUGAUGAUGCUCAAAAAGCUGAGUAUGUGCUCAAUACUACUGGAUAUCAGUAUUGUGGACCAACAGAAUAUGUGCUUUCAAGAUCCUGGCAUUACGGGCAGUUUGAAGAAGACAUCUUGGAUUGCUGCAUGUAUCUCUUGCACAGGAGCAAACUUGGGCCAAAUGAUCAACGAGAUCCCAUUAUGAUUGCCAGAGCUAUGUCAGCAUUGGUCAACAUGAGCGAUGAUGAUGGAGUCAUCCAUGGAAAAUGGACAGAGGGAUAUGAAGGUGGUACUUCUCCUGCUGACUGGAGAGGAAGUGUUCGAAUUUUGCAGCAGUAUUAUAGAACCAAAAAACCUGUCUUUUAUGGGCAGUGCUGGAUUUUCUCUGGUGUGCUUACCACAGUCAUGCGCUGUCUAGGGAUUCCGGCGAGAAGUGUGACAACAACUGACUCAGCUCAUGAUACAGAGAAAAAUAUAAAUGUUGAUAUAUACUUCAAUGAAAAGAAAGAACAACUGCCCAGUGAAGAUUUCAUAUGGAACUUCCAUGUAUGGAAUGAUGUCUGGAUGAAAAGACCAGACUUACCAGAAGGCUAUGAUGGCUGGCAGGCAGUUGAUGGCACGCCUCAGGAAAAGAGUCAAGGAAUUUUUCGUUGUGGCCCUGCAUCAGUAAAAGCAAUCAAAUAUGGAGAAGUCAACCAUGACUACGACACCAUGUUCCUCUUUUCUGCAGUAAAUGCAGACAAGGUCUACUGGGUCAUAGAGAAAGUCAAUGGAAAAAACACAUAUGUCAAAUACAAUGAAGAAUUCAAGGAAGUAGGAAAGAAAAUCAUCACCAAAGCUGUUGGGAAGGACACAUAUGAAGAUAUCAAAGAUGAAUACAAAUUUCCAGAAGACUCUGAAGAGGAAAGGAAAGCUAUGGAAACUGCUUUGUCUCAUGUAAAGGGUCCCACUUGUGCAGCAGAACAAGUCCUUAAGUCCUUCAGGGCAAGCAUUGAGCUUGGGCUAGAAGAAGUGGAAGCACUCCUGCCAGGACAACCCAUUGAUCUGAAUAUUGUUGUUAAGAACAAAUCAGCAGAUGCACAGAUAGUCAACCUUUCUGCUUCUUCCCAUUUGGAGUCAUACAUUGGGAAAGUAGAGGCCAGCCUUUCAACUCUCCAGCAGACUGUCCAGACAGAAGGCAAGACAGUUAUUCGCAUCCCUCUGAAAAUACCUGCUGAUGCUUACAUGAAGGUGCUGAGUCUAACAGAGGAUGAACUUCUGGUCAAAGUCAACAUUUUUGCUGAUGUUCAAGAAACCAAUGAGAAAUUAAUAAAGCCCCUGGCACUGAGUUUUCAAUACCCACAUCUCAAAGUUGUGAUGCCCAAAAUGGCAAAAGUACAUGAAAAAUUUACCUGUGAGUUGAUUUUUAAGAAUAUACUGCCCAUUCCCUUGGAAAACUGCAAACUGCUUGUAGAGGACCUAGACAUUUCACUGAAGAUAUUUGACCACGGAGUUCUACUACCUGGUGGAACUGCAACGUCUAAAAUAGAGUGUGCAGCAAAGAAGAUUGGAGAUCAAAUGAUAGUGGCCAAAUGGAACUCCACUCAAGUGAAAGGAAUCACUGCAGUUAAAUUUAUUGAGAUUACUGAAUAGCUGUAGGUAUUCCCAAAUGCCAUCAGGAUAUGGCAAAAUGAGCAUUUUUAAAAAGUGUUCACAGCACAGAUAGGCAGUCAUAAAUGCUUGAGGGUUUGAAUGGCUUAAAGAUACAGUAAUUCUGUUUAAUUCUAGCGGAUUGAAAACUGAUUAAAUCUUAUUUUCUUAAUUUUUUAAAACAGGCAGUAUACACAGUAAAUGUAGAUUUGCCUUCUUUUAUAUUUGCAAAUGUUUCUACCCCAUUUAGUCUCAUAUACUAAUUUUUUUGUGAAUGGUUGUGAUAAAAUCAAAUAGUAAACUUUUUCCUGACACUUUUAUAUAACAAUAAAAAUUAUUAUCAACA